AAACAACGCCCCUUCUCUCUCUCUCUCUCUUUAAUCCUUUUAUCUCUCUCUCUCUCUCUUUCUCUCUGAUCCUUCAAUAUCGUUCCGAUCAAUUCAUCUACCUCUGGCGUUUCUUUUCCCUUUUUUUUUUUUCACGAGCAUUCCUCAUCAUCGCCGGCGGCAAUUGACAUCUACCGUCGAUUUAACUCCGAUCGCGUUUGUGUUCCCAUUACGAUAUCAAAAGCCAUUGAAGAUCUCGCGAGGAGAAUCACGGGAUUGCUUCAAAGGGCACAUCUUUCCUGAGUAAAAAAGAGUUUCUUUACAUCCCUGAAGGUGUUACUAUUAUUCUGCUAGAAUGCAGAAAGAAACUAGAGGCUUAAGCUUCUGAAUCCAAUCAAUGCAAGUUUGUUUCAUUAAAGCUUGAAUGGAUGUAGCAACAGAUACUACAAGACGGCGACUUGUUCCAUCAGAUAAGAGCAAUGCAGCCGCUCCCACUCGCCGUCCUCGAACAUCAACGGAGGUCAGUUCAAGAUACAGAUCACCGACACCAACCAGAACCGGGAGAUGCCCUUCCCCAAGCCUCACUAGGCCUACUGUUUCUUCCAGCUCUCAAUCCGUGGCUGCCAAAAGAGCAGUUUCGGCUGAGAGGAAGCGUCCUUCAACACCUCCAUCUCCUACUAGUCCAUUCACGCCUAUACGUGACGUGUCUAUAGACUUACCGGCUUCAUCUAGGAGGUUGUCUACAGGUCGUUUGCCUGAAAGCUUAUGGCCUUCUACUAUGAGAAGCCUCAGCGCUUCAUUUCAGUCGGAUUCUGUCUCAGUCCCUGUUGGUAAGAAGGAGAGACCGGUUAGUAGUUCUUCAUCUGACCGAACGUUGAGACCUUCUUCAAAUAUAGCUCAAAAGCAGAAGGCUGAAACGGUCUCUGUGUCAAGGAAACCUACGCCAGAGAGGAAAGUAAGUCCAUUGAAAGGGAAGAAUAAUAAUGCAUCUGAUCUUUCAGAGAAUUCGAAACCUGUUGAUGGUCCUCAUAGUCGGUUAAUAGAACAGCAUCGAUGGCCUAGUAGAAUCGGUGGAAAGAUCAAUUCCAACUCACUAAACAGAAGUUUGGAUCUUGGAGACAAGGCUUCAAGGGGUCUGUCUACUUCAGGACCUGUAAUGAGACCGUCUUCAAGGAGAAUGUCAUUACCUUUGUCCAACGGUUCGAAACCUUUGCAUAAAACUUCUACAAACACAUCUUGUAAUGGUGAUUUAUUGUCUCCAACGAAGUCGGAAGAUAAUAACAUAGCUCGAAGUUCAGGAGCUCAGAGACUUUUGUCUGCAGGUUCGCUAGAUAGAGCGUCCUUAGCAACGGCUGUAGCUAAGCUGCAUCCAUUGUCUGCUCCUGGAUCUCGCCCUGCUUCACCGAGUAGAACUUCUUUCUCAUCUUCAUCGUCUAUAUCCCGAGGAAUGAGUACUUCGAGAGGAGUGAGUCCAUCAAGAGGAUUGAGUCCUGCAAGAGGGUUGAGUCCUGCAAGGGGGUUGAGUCCUGCAAGAGGUGUAAGUCCUUCAAGAGGAUUAAGUCCUUCACGUGUCACAAGUUCUUCCUCUUUUGCGAGACCAUCAACUCCACCUUCAAGAGGGGUAAGUCCUUCCCGGAUAAGACAAACCAGCGAUUCUACACAAUCCAGUACUGCAAGUUCGGUUCUCAGCUUCAUCACGGAUGUCAAGAAAGGCAAAAAAGCAAACUACAUCGAAGACGUUCAUCAACUGCGUCUGCUCCAUAAUAGGUAUUUACAGUGGCGGUUUGUAAUUGCGCGAGCUGAAGCUGCAAUGUACAUUCAACGUUUAACUUCCGAGGAAACACUAUUUAAUGUGUGGCAAGCGAUAUCAGAACUUCAGGAUGAUGUGACUAGCCAAAGGAUUGGAGUGCAACAGCUAAAGCUAGAGAUCAAACUAAACUCACUAUUGAACGAUCAGAUGGUGAGCCUUGAAGAAUGGGCCACACUUGAAAGAGACCAUGUUAGUUCUUUAGUUGGAGCCAUAGCAGAUUUAGAAGCAAAUACUCUCCGCCUUCCAGCCACUGGAGGAACAAAGGCGGACGUUGAAUCUUUGAAAGCAGCUAUGUCCUCGGCCCUCGAUGUAAUGCAGGCUAUGGGAUCGUCCAUUUGGUCUUUACUCUCAAAGGUGGAGGAAAUGAAUAAAAUGGUCUCAGAACUCGCUGUUGUAGUUGGAAAAGAGAGUUCUAUGCAAGGAAAAUGCGAAGAUCUUCUGGCCUCAACUGCGAUCAUGCAGAUAAAAGAGUGUAGCCUGAUGACUCAUCUGAUACAAACUAGCAGAGAAGUAGAAGAAGAUGCAGCGGAGGAGACUCCUCCAUUGAUGCCACAAAGCAAGUUCCCAUGGCCAUAAAUAACACACUUACAGUUCCACACGCUCAACGCUGAUGACUAAUCACCUGUAAAUUGCUCUUUGGUUCCCCCACCACGUUUCUUUGUUUGUUAGAAGUCUUUUGUUUUUUUUUUUUGGUAUGAAACAUUAGCAUAGGGAAAGAAGCAAAUCAAAGAUCGAUGGUUCGAAUAUUAGGAAGAGGAAAAAAGUAAUUUAAUUGUUUAACAUGUAAACUCUAAUGUAAGGUUUCCCUGAGGCGUUCUAUUUAUAUAUAAGAGUCGAUUAGUUUAGUGA